GCAAAAGCAGCGGGGUGGUGGCUGAUUGGCGACGGACGGCUGAGAAUGGCGACGGCGACGGAGUUGGACUCCGGUGGCGGCUCGAAGAGGCGGCGGACGGGCGAGGGAGGGGAGCGAGCGCAUCCAGGCGCGGGAGCGGCGGAGGAGGACAGUUUUUCGUCGCUGCCGGAGGCGCUGCGGCUGCACAUCCUCGGCCUCCUCCCGUUCAAAUCCGCCGUUCGCACGGGCGCGCUCUCCACCGGGUGGCGCGCGCUCUGGGCGCACCGCUGGCCGGCGCCCUCCUCGCUCGACCUCCGCCUCAAGACCCACGCGCCCCCGCCGCCGAUCCUCGAGUCCCUGGAGCGGCGCGGCCGGCGACGCCUCGACCGGUUCUCCCUGACGUUCCAGAUCGGCAAGGGGGACCUCAAGCCCGACGGCGUCCACCGCGUCCUGGACUACGCCGCCGCCUGCUCCGUCGCCGACCUCCACGUGGACUUCGCCCACCGGACCCUGGGCUUCAUUUUCAAGCUCCGCCUCCCUCAGGGCGACCCCCACCUCACGCGCCUCACCGUCGGCGACAUUCGCGUCGGCCUCUCCAAGCCCUUCUCCGCCCGCUCCCACACCUUCUCCGUCCUCGAGGUCAUCUGCCUCGAGGGCGUCACGCUCUCCGACCACACCGUCGAGAACCUGGUCGCCGCGUGCCCACUCCUCCGCACCCUCGACCUGCGCUACUGCGAUGGCCUCGAUUUCGUCAACGUCGAGACCGCCGGGCCUGAGGAGCCUCACCGUCGCGGAGUGCAGAGGGGUGAGAGACAUUUCUACCAUGGAGGCGCCCAGCCUUCGCUCCUUCCGCUACAGCGGCUCCUACAUCCGCGCCCUAACAAUCCCUGCCACCUGCGCGCUCGCCGACCUUUACCUAUGCUUCGGCGGACCUGCUGGUCGCCUCCGGCCUCUAGGCACCCCAGUCUGUUUCGAGUCUGCUUGGCCUGCAGGGGUGCCAAGAAAUUGGCUUCAGGCACUCACCAGCCUCUCAAACCUGACCGUGCUCACCCUCUGCAGCAGUGCCCUGCGGAGAGUGUCUGCCGAGGCUCGUGACAGAUCGCUAGCCGAAAACGCCGCGUCGUGCGAAUUGCGGAAUUUGCGAGAGCUGCAGCUGCUGAUGUUUGCAAUGUACAACAGCAGCGUGGAUGACAUUUGCGUUUUCAUCGUGGCCUGCUGCCCCCCUCUAUUAGAGAGGAUGUUUGUGCAGCUUCCAACAAAUAGUCACGAUUAUAGACUGGGCUCAGAACCAUCAGAAUCAGAGGAAGAGCUACUAGUGGAAAACGGGCCAGUGGAGGAGCUGCGGGGAGAUGCGCCACCUGAAGAAGAUGGGUCAGAGGAAGAGCUACAAGAAGAGGAAGAUGAGCUUCAGGAGGAGCUACCAGAGGGACAGCUAUCACAAGAGGAAGAUGAGCUUCAAGACGAGCUGCCAGAGGGAGAGCUAUCAGAAGAGGAAGAUGAGCUUCAAGACCAGCUGCCAGAGGGAGAGCUAUCAGAAGAGGAAGAUGAGCGUCAAGACAAGCUGCCAGAGGGAGAGCUAUCAGAAAAGGAAGAUGAGCUUCAAGACGAGCUGCCCGAGGGAGAGGCAUCGGAGGAAAAUCAAUCAGAGGAAGACUGGUCAGAUGAAGAGCUAUCUGAUGGAGGGCAAUGAGAGGAAGAGCCAGUAGAGGAUUGCCUUGAGAACCUUAAGUUGCUCAAGAUGACGAAUUUCAAGGGGGGCGACAAUGAGAUGAGGCUACUAAGGUUUGUGUUGAGGAACUCUACUAGUCUCAACCAAUUGCUACUGUUUACAUCGAAGAGUGAUCGACCAGAGUGGCUCCAGAAGGAUCAUCUGGACACAUCUGAUAUUCUUGAAACAAAAAUAUUGCCACUCUUCUCGGUGAGUCUGAUGGUGAUGCAAUUCAGGCAUUUCAUCGGGAGGACUUUGUCGACGUCUAGUUAAUUUUUCGGUAGCGUAGUCUUACAAAAUCAUUUGCAAUGUCAAAGUCUAGCAACUGCUGGGCAAGAUAUGCAUGACUCAGCAUUCUGUAUUCCAUGAAGGAUUAUGGAUAACUAGUGUAGUCUUAUACUGUGCA